AUGACAACUGCUGCUGGCCCUGCUGCUUUACAUAAUCCUUACUUUGAGCAGAACCCAAAUCGUAAAGAUGUGUGGUCCUUGAUCAAUGAAACGGCUGCAGCUGCUCAGGAACAGCUGGGGAAAUCCGUUGUCAACUUAGGUCAGGGUUUCUUCUCCUACAACCCUCCUGAUUUUGCCAUUGAGUCUGUCCAUCAUGCUUUGACGAAGCCACAGUUCAACCAGUAUGCUCCAGCAAGAGGAAACCCCAAUUUGGUGAAACUGUUGAGUGAACUUUACACCAAGGAAUUGGGCAGAAAGGUGGAUCCCAGCGAGGUUUUGGUGACCACGGGUGCCAACGAGGGCAUGUUUGCUGUCUUCUUUGGCUUCUUGACUCGCGGUGAUGAAGUUGUCGUGUUCGAGCCUUUCUUUGAUCAGUAUAUUCCAAACAUCGAAAUGACCGGUGCUAAGGUCAAGUACGUUUCUUUGAAGAGCCCCGAGAAAUUUGCCGAAAGGAACACAACUGGUGAUGAGUGGGAGGUUGAUUGGGAGGGCCUUGAAGCUGCCAUUACCCCAAAGACCAAAAUCAUCGUCAUCAAUACUCCUCACAACCCUAUUGGUAAGGUGUUCACCGAGAAGGAGCUCCACAGAAUCGGCCAAUUGGCCAUCAAACACAACCUUAUUCUCCUUUCCGACGAGGUUUAUGAGAAUUUGUACUAUUUGCCAAAGUUUCCUCGCCCAGCAACGCUUUCGACUUUGCCUGAAUUGGCAGAAAGAACAUUGACUGUGGGUUCAGCAGGCAAAUCCUUUGCUGCUACAGGUUGGCGUGUGGGCUGGGUCCACGGGCCUUCUGAAUUGAUCAAAUAUGUCACUUCAGCGCAUACCCGUAUCUGCUUUUCGGUGCCUGCUCCGUUGCAGCAGGCUGUUUCUGAGGCAUUCACUGCCGCCAACAAGAACAAUUAUUUUGAGAAUACUCGUAAGGAGUAUGCUGAAAAGUACAAGAUAUUUGUGAAGGUGUUUGAGGAGCUCGGCUUGCCCUACACUGCCGCUGACGGUGGCUAUUUCCUUUUGGUUAACCUUGCCAAGCUCAAAAUUCCAGAUGACUACCAAUAUCCCGAAGACAUUCUGGGUCGUAGCACAAAAGACUACAAGUUGGUUUACUGGCUCAUCAAGGAGAUCGGUGUUGUGGGCAUUCCUCCAACAGAGUUCCUCGUGCAAGAGCACAGAGUGAACAAUCCUUUGGAAAACUCUGUUCGUUUUGCCGUGUGCAAAGAUGACUCUUUGCUAGAGGAGGCUGUUACCCGCUUGAGAAAGUUAAAAGACUACUUAUGA